AUGAACGGUGUUCAUCAUGAUAUCUUAGAAGCACCUCCAUCAGCCUUGGAGUUUUCGAGACUGUGGCAUAUAUCUAGACCUGUCGUGAUCAGAGGUAAAGCUAUGUGGUCCAACCGAUAUCUCCUGGAACACAUGGGAGACAAAUCGUUCACUGUCGCAGUAACUCCAAACGGAUAUGCAGAUGCAGUCACUCUGGGCCCUGAUGGAUCUUUAUAUUUCGUUGAACCUUAUAUAGAACAGAGGACUAUGAGCUCAUUUUUGUGCGAGCUGGAAUCAACGAAUGCGACAGAAGCCUGUUAUUUGCAGUCUCAGAACGGAAACUUAUAUUCAAGUACCUUUUUCCAUCCAGACAUGCAAGACUCGCCGACAGAAUUCGAGUCUUUGCGUGCAGAUGUUCCCUGUGAGCUAGAUUGGUGCAGUCAAGCCUUCGAUAGACAUCCGGAUGCGGUGAAUCUAUGGAUUGGCAAUAGCAAGAGCAUUACCAGUAUCCACAAUGACCCGUACGAAAACAUUUAUCACGUUGUCAGAGGCUGUAAGACUUUUCUUCUUCUUCCACCUACUGAAGGAUGGUGUUUGCGAGAACGUCUGUAUCCCCAUGCUACUUAUAUUCGUCCCUCGGAGGGUUCACCUCUAAUUCUAACGCCCUCUCCCUCUUCGACACCCAUGGUUCGUUGGUCGUCUAUCACGCACCCCGAACGACCGGGUGCUCUGCCUGCUUCAGCGCAUCCGAUCACCAUUUCUCUGCAAGAGGGUGAGACAUUAUACUUACCCGCAGGAUGGUGGCAUCACGUUCGACAGUCGGACGAAAUCACCGUCGCAUUGAACUGGUGGUAUGACGUUGAAGGCCGCGGAGCUACAUGGGUAUGGCUAAACUUGCUAAGAGGUAUUGGGAAUGUCCCUCUUGGGAAUGGUGAUGAAGAAGAUCAGCAACCUACAUGA